CAUAAAUAGAUACAUGUGAAGGAGGCAGAGGAAGGUGUGUGAAGACAGCAGGUCAGGGGUGGACAAAUCUAGCCAGGUUGUUUUGUCUCCUUGUGGCUCAGGGGUCCCUCUGCUGGUCAUGGAGGAGAAGGCAUGCUGGGAAAGGAAGGGACCACAAUCUCGGAACUCAGAAGGCCAAGGCAGAAGCUCGAGUUCCAGGCCAGCCUGGAGUAUGCAGCAAGCUCUAGGCAAGUCUAGGCCACAGAGUGAAACCCUGUCCUAAAGAAUACAGGGAGCAUCAGGUGGUGCUGGCACACACCUUUGAUCCCAACACUAGGGAGGCAGAGCAAGGAUCUCUGUGAGUUCGAGGCCAGCCUGGUCUAGAGUUCCAGAACAGCCAGGACUACACUGAGAAACCCUGUCUCAAAAACAACAAAACUUUCCAUGAAAAUGCCCCCACAUAAAUAAAUAAAUAAAUAAAUAACACAACAAGACGAAACCAAAGAGUAAUGCAAUAGGCCGAGGAAGAACAACCUGGUUUGUUCUCAGUUACCUCAGACUCUGUCCAUACAACCCUAGACUCAGCCCUGUCUCACUGGAUGCCUCAUGCUGGUAGUCCUAGCACCUGAGAGGCUGAGGCAGGAUGGUUGAGAGUUCAAGGUCAGCCUGGGCUACUGUGCUGGAUAGUUUCAUGUCAACUAGACACAAGUUAGAGUCAUCUGAAAGGAGGGAACCUCAAUUAAGACAAUGUCCCAGGCUAGAGAGAUGGCUCGGUGGUUAAGAGAACCCAGGUUCAAUUCCCAGUACCCACAUGGCAGCUCACAGUUGUCUGUAACUCCAGUUCAGGGGAUCUGACACCAUCAUACCAAUUAAUGUGAAAUAAAAUAAAUUAAAAGAAAAGAGAAACUGUCUCUGACAUGAACUCAGUGGCUGGCUCUUUAACCCCACCCCCACCCCCUAGGGAGGAGCAGCCUUGCCAGGCCACAGAGGAGGACAUUGCAGCCAGUCCUGAGGAGACCUGAUAAACUAGGGUCAGAUGGAAGGGAGGAGGACCUCCCCUAUCAGUGGACUUAGAGAGGGGCAGGAAGGAGAUGAGGGAGGGAGGAUGGGAUUGGGAGGGACUGAGGGAGGGGGCUACAGCUGGGAUACAAAGUAAAUAAGCUGUAAUUAAUAUAAAAAAUAAAAAACAUAAAAGAAGUAAAAAAAGAAAAGAGAAAAUGUUUCCGUAAGAUAUGGCUGCAGGCACCCCUGUAGGGCAUUUUUUUAAUUAGUGAUUGGUGGGGGAGGGCCCAGCCAUUGAGGGCGUUGCCAUCCCUGGGCCGGUGGCCCUGGGGGUUGUGAGAAAACAGCUGAGCGAGCCAGGAGCGAGCCAGUGAGCAGCACCCUCGUGGCCUGUCAGCGGCCUCCAGGUUCCCGCCCCGUGUGCUGUCCUCCAGUGGAAGUGUAAGCCAAGUAAACCCUCUUCUCCCCAGCGUGCUUUCUGGUCAUGGUGUUUCAUCAGAGCGACAGAACCCUGACUAAGAGCGAUGCGUGCUGUAUGUCAGGACAACCUGUGAGAUCCCAUCUCUCUGGGUUAUACCUGGUGUCCAAGACUCUCAAAGGAUCAGGCCCGUGGCCUUAACAAGGCCUUUUCCAGCCCCUACACUUCGCAGGCUCCAUCUGUGGUGACUCUGCUCUCUCUUGCAUCCUGAGGCUGCACCUCAUCCUGGCCCUGCCCCUGCCUAGCCCUGUCCCUGGCAGACUUCCAUAGGGUCAUUAGAGUCGCCAGCCUUGGCUGCCAUCUCCAGGGCUGGGACGUUUCUCAGCGUUCUGGGGCAAGUGACCUGUCGUUCCUGAGACUCAGCUCUUGAACUUACAAACUGGGACACCUGACUUCUGUCUUCUUCACCAUUGUGAGGAUUACAGGAAACGUGGCUGCAAAGUGCCAAUCACAGCCAGCGGUCCAGAGUGUUUGGGACAGGGCUGUUAUAAAUCCGUGAAGUGACCACUCAGGAAAUGCAGGAUGGGGCCGCAGGCCGGAGCCGGGCUGCUGCUGCUGCUGCUGCUGUGGGCCACGCGCGGUGGGCAAGUGCUGACGUCUGAUGCGCAGCAAAGAUACACAUCGAUUGUCGACGUGGCCAACGGUGGUACCUGGGGUGACUGGGCCUGGCCAGAGAUGUGUCCUACCGGCUACUUUGCCAGCGGGUUCUCCAUCAAGGUGGAGCCCCCUCAAGGCUUCCCGGGAGACGACACGGCUCUGAACGGGAUCCGGCUGCACUGCACGCGAGGGAACCCAGAGCAGAACACUCACGUCGUGGAGUCCCAGUCUGGAAGCUGGGGCUCCUGGAGUGAGCCUCUGUGGUGUCCGGGCACCGGCUUCCUGGUGGCCUUCUCCCUGCGGGUGGAGCCGCUGACGUUCCCCGGGGACAACACGGCGGCCAACAACGUGCGCUUCCGCUGCUCGGACGGAGUGGAGCUGGAGGGACCCGGGCUGAGCUGGGGAGACUACGGGGACUGGAGCGACGCGUGCCCCAAGGGUGUGUGCGGCCUGCAGACCAAAAUCCAGAGGCCCAGAGGCCUCCGCGACGACACGGCGCUCAACGACGCCAGGCUCUUCUGCUGCGACGGCUGAGGCCGCCAGCCCCGAAGGCCCCGCCCCGCCGGCCCCGCCCCGCCCCGCCGGCCCCGCCCCGCCGGCCCCGCCCUUGCUAUUAAAGGCUUCCUGGCCCUGGCUUGGUCGCCUGCUGAUUCGGAGCGGAGAAGCCGCCUCCUUGCCUCGUCUUUCUUGACCCUGCACGGCCCAGGUUUGGCUUCAGGGGUCAUAGGUCAGAACAAAGCUUAAAUACGGGGGCUGGAGGUCAGGAGCGCGGGCCGUGCUCCCACCGCACCCACGCGGUGGCCCACAGCCAUCUGCAGCGAGGUUUGGUGCCCUCUGCUGGCGCACAGGCAGAAUGCUGUGUAAAUAAUAAAUGAAUCAUUAAAAUAAAA